GCUGCACUUUUUUUGGGGGGGGGGGAAGAGAACAGAAAAUAAAUGACAAAUACCGUGUUUCUCAUAUUAUAAGACAUGUCUUAUAUUUAUUUUUUCCUCAAAAAAACACACUAUGGCUUAUUUUCAAGGGAUGUCUUAUUUUUUUCCUUCUCCUCCUGCCGCGGCCGGCAUUGCUGCUGUACCUAUCACUAUGUCUUAUUUUCGGGGUAUGUCUUAUAUUCCUUGAAUGCUUAAAAAUCCUGCUAUGGCUUAUUUUAUGGGUAUGUCUUAAAAUAUGAGAAACAGGGUAAUACCUUCGCUGGAACUAACAUUCAGCACUGACAUAGUCUGCCAAAGCGCAAAAAAAAAAAAACCUACAAAAAACCCGGCACAGAAAGAGUUAAAAAGCGCCAAAUAAAACAGCACAGAAAGGGUUAAAAAAUGAACCUGUUGCACCCAAUCAGAAACAUCCACUGACUCAGCAAAUUGAAAAACAGACCAAUCGCUGAACACAAUCUUUGGCUACCAGGAACAACAACAAAAGGAUCUGAGGAGGAGCGGGAGAACAAAUGGGGGCGGGGGACAAAAACAACAACAGCCCAUCCUCGAGCGUGCCAGCAGUGAGGGUUCUGCGUGUCACAUCUUACACGCGUGUCAUAGGUUUGCUAUCACUGCUCUAAAUAGUUAGUCUGCAUGCCAUGGCUACUCAACAUUGGGCUGUUUGUGGGGGUUCAUCCUUCCCUUUAAGUUUCCCCCCUAUUUCUUCUACAUCAGCAAACCUUUGGGUUUCCAAAAGUCUCUUAUUCCCUUUCUUUUACAUGUGGGAGACAACCCCCCCCCCCGCCCAAAUGUUAAAAGCGUGACAUUUACUGUAACAACUUCGUGGAGCAGGGAGGAUUAUACUGUGGGAGGCUGCCAGCAUCAUCCUAUCCCGCAGGAUGGGAAACACAAAUACUAAACCGCUGAGCUCACUGGCAAGCCCCACAAAGACGUCUGCAGGAGGCAUGAUCCAGGACCUGAAAGAGGACAUAACGUGCUCCAUCUGCCUCGAUCCCUUUGAAGACCCCGUAUCCAUUGACUGUGGGCACAAUUUCUGCAGGGUCUGCCUCUCUGCCCACUGGAGUGGAUUCUCGCGCCAUGGGUACCGCUGCCCCGAAUGCCGCCAUCCCUGCAGCCGGGAGAGGAUGAUCCCAGACACUCGGCUGCGGAGCCUGGUGGAAAAAAUUGGACAAUUGCCUGUAAAGGAGGUGGUUGAGGAGGUGGUUGAGGAGGAACUGGAGAUACUGGAGCCAGGAGGGCCAGUGCAGCUGGUGGGUUUGGAUGAUGAUGGAGAACUCUGCCUGGAUGAGGAAGCCUUGAGCCAUUGCUUGGAGCAGAGGCAGGUGAAGGACGCCCCUGUCUGCCUGGUCUCCAUUCUUGGGGAGCAACGGCGAGGAAAAUCCUUCCUGCUGAACUUUCUCCUACGGCGGCUUCAGAACCUGCAUCACCAUCCUUGUUGGCAGGAAGCUGAGGACGAAUCAUGGAUGGGUCAACAAGAUGAAGCGCUGACGGGUUUUGAAUGGCGACCAGGACCUAACACCACCACCAAGGGUGUGUGGAUAUGGAGUCGGCCAUUUUGGGUCCAGAGUGAACAUGGAAAGAUUGCCAUGUUCUUGGUGGACACAGAGGGGUCGAUGGAUGUGGAAAGAAAGGUUGAGGAUGGUGUCAAGCUUUCAGCUUUCUCCAUGCUGCUCAGCUCCUAUCAGAUACUCAAUUUGGCCACCAUGAUGAAGGACCCAGAUUUGGAAUACCUGGAUAUGUUCAUGUAUGUAGCUGAGACCGUAGGACGCUCCUGCAGAUUAAAGGCCUUUCAGCAUCUUGAUGUCCUGGUGCGUGACUGGUUCUUCCCACCUGUCUUUGGAUUCCAGGAGGGACAGAAUUACCUCCAAAGUACCAUACAGAGACUGGAUCCAAAAAGGCACCCACGGGCCCUGGAGGCCCUCAGGAGCACCAGCACCCGCUGCUACCUGAUGCCCUUCCCUGGCAGGAGGCUGGUGGUGGGAACUGAGGGCACCCUUGCAGACAUGGAUGAGGAUUUUAGGGAUUGCCUGAAGGUUUAUGGGAACGACAUAGCCAGAUCAGCUGCAAUGCAUGUAAAGAGUGACCAGGAGGGAAGAGCCCUUACAGGGGCACAACUUGCAGCCAAGGUGAAGAAUUUCUCCUCUCUGAUGAAGAAGUAUAAGUUUGGCUUCUCUUCAGUCACUCAGAUGGCUAUCACCUUACACAAUCUGGACAUCCAGGAACGCCUGAAGCAGGAGUUUGAAAAGUUCAUCAGAAACCAGGACGAGCUCUCCCGUCCCAUGAUUGCUGGCCUGCAAGUGACUCCCAAGUCCAUGACGCGGCGCCUUCUGGACAAGCAGUCUGAAUUAAUGUGUCAGUGUAAGGAGUCUCUGCAGGGUGAUGAGCCGGGCCGGACAGAGUCCAUCUUGUCACUGGAGAACCACCUAAAGCACGAAGCUCAAAUUUUUACAGAGCGCUACCACCGCCGCUACAAGUCCCAUGCCCUCAAAGCUGGGGUGGCAAUUGGCAUGGGUGCUGUUGGGUUAGCUGGUGGAGCCAUUGGGGCCGGGGUGGCAGCUGCCGUGGUGGCCGCAGAAGCCAUUGUGCUGAGCACUGGCACUGCCGCUACGUUUGCCAUUGGGACCAUGGCUGGCGCAGGCACCUUCGCGGUCAUUGGGGGUGGGGUGGGGGCUGGUGUAGGGAGCAGCAUCGGGGAGAGAAGGACCCAGGAGGCCAGGAAUGUGACUGAAGACGACCCUGAAGGUGAAGAGGAGACCAGCCUCUCAGACGAAAGGUGCCUCAUUGGUCAACGGAACUCACCUUAGGGUUGACAAAGAGGCAGUCCUAUGAUCUACAGCUUCCGCUGAAAACAAGUGGCAGAUCACUGUAGCCUGCACACCUCUCCUUUUCUCAUUCAGGCAUAUCUCCAAGGGUGUGGAUUGGGGGGGGGGUGGAUCUUGCGCACUGUCUUGUAUUCCACAAUUAAGAAUUGUUCUCCCUCUCCCUCUCGUGGCUGGUUAAGGGAUAGAAAAUAGCAUGCCCCUAGUGUUCAUCAACAUGGAGAGGUGACACCCUAGUGAUGACUUGAGGCCUAGUAAUGCGGCCUUCUGAUGCUGGGGUGAUUGCCUUCUCUCUAGUGGUAGAACAGGGGGUCUCUGGAGUAUCAUGGACCCUUUUGCAGGUUAUUAUUGCCCCCAACACCUAUGCUGAGAUAAUAAACAGAGCGGAGGGGGCAGGGAAAUCGGGCCCUUCCUAUUUUUUCCUUGGCCUACCUGUAGCACCAGCAGCACAAGCUAGGGAGCAGCCUAGUGAUCCUAGAAGAGCAUCCUGGGAGAAACAUUAUUGUCACCUCUUUAAAGAGGUACAUGUUGAAAAGUGACCCCUCACUUUAGCCUCUAGUGCAGGCAUCCCCAAACUUCGGCCCUCCAGAUGUUUUGGCCUACAAUCCCCAUCUUCCCCAACUACUGGUCCUGUUAGCUAGGGAUCAUGGGAGUCAGGGCCGUCUCAAGCCGGCCGGGAGCCCUGGCACCCUGGUGCAGAGAUCGCUCCGGCACCCCUGCCCUGGUGGGUGGGCGCAGCGCCCUCCUACCAGCCCGGCACCCUGGCGCCCCACGCCACCGAGACUACCCCUAGAGCCGGGCCUGAUGGGAGUUGUAGGCCAAAACAUCUGGAGGGCUGCAAUUUGGGGAUGCCUGCUCUAGUGUGAAAUCAGGGGAUGGAGAGAAGUUAUUUUCUUCUUCAUGUAGUUCAGCUGCACCCUCUCCUCCUCUCCCUGCAAUUCAUUUCAGGAGGUCAAAACCUUUCAGCUGUUACCAUGUUCAUGGGGGUUUAAUUGGUUUCAGCACCCUGCUGAUUCAGUCUCUCAGGUAUGCAAUGUCAGGUGAGUGAGGGAUGCAGUUCCCGAUUCUAUUGAACAGCAAAGGCUGCUGUGAAAUUUGCACUGGCUCAUGGGAACAAAGCCUCUCUCAUUAUCCUCAGGGAAACCUUCCCACUGGUUCUCCAUAGUGGAAGUGCCCAGAAACUUGAGGUUCUGACGCAACACAUUUUAGGAGGCCAAGCUAAUUCAUUGUCAGAAAUACUCUAUAUUCCUCUGUAUUAUAUCCAAGUGCCUUGGCUUCAGGGGCUGCUUAUGACUUGCCCCUGCCCACCCAGCCUCUCUUGGCUUUUGUUUCAGGAAAUACAUUUAUUUAUUUCACCUGGA